GGUGUUCUCAAUGGGAUGAUAUGCUUUUGCAGCUUUCAGACCUCAGCUCAUUUCCACCCUUGCUGUUUUUCUGCUUCCUCCCUCAUCUGCACAUAGAGUUUUGUAUCACAGUGACAAGUACCUCGUCCUGCACCCAAGAAAACCCUCCUCAAACGCAAAUCUAUGCAUCUACGCCCAACGCCCGACUCCACAGAAAGGGAAAAAAACUACUUCAUCCUUUGUACCUUACCUUUUUUCACCUCGUACCUUGCUUCAAUCCUUGCAUCCGAGAAAAAUUGCCGUUUACAAAAGGAACCGGUUGAUUAUGUCUAUGGCUUAUGCGAUAAUGUGCGUACGGUUUCAACUGUGCAACGUGUGACAUAUGCAGCCACUCCUCUAAUGCAUAUGAGCGCCAAUGUCAGCGGCUGGAAAUUUGGCGGCUGCAUAUUUUCUGCUGCAUGCAUCCUGUGUCACUUGAGAUGCUUUUGCCUUUUUGAGGAUGGAGUGGGAAUGAUUUGGUUUGGUUUGAGGGGCUGAGGAGGCGUUGUUGGUAUAUGAAGUUAUUGAUCCCGCUCAUGAUCGAUAAGAAUUCGCUUUUCCGUGAGGAUUUUCUCAUCGUGCUUUUCUUCCGAGUGUGAAUGCAUA